AUGCCCACGGGCUCUAAGGAAUCCGAUCUUGUCUUCGAGGUUGACUAUGCCAAGGCGUUUUGGAACUCCAGGCUCUCAUGUGAACGGCAGCGGAUCACGGCAACGAUCCCAGGGCAUGCAGUUGUCUUGGACGCGUUUGCCGGUGUUGGGGCAUUUGCUGUCUUCCUCGCCCGCAGAGGAAUGUGGCUCCUGAGUGAUCCGGCUGCCCGCAUUAACCGUUGUGCCAUUUCCCUGUCGUGGUUAGGAUUUUUUCAAGACCUCUGCGUUUCUGUGUUUGCUGCAGUGGACGCGUUUGCCGGCGUUGGGGCAUUUGCUGUCUUCCUCGCCCGCAGAGGCUGCGUCGUUGCUGCAAACGAUGGAAACCCCGCAUCUGCAGCCAACAUGCGAACGAACGUCAAGAGGAAUGGGGUCGCGAAUUUAGUAGAGGUACACAAUGAAGACGCUCGGGACUUCCUCCGCUCUCAGGGGCAGCCAGCGGCAAUCACUGCCCUCCUACAGAAGCGCAUGCAAGCAGGCGGAACCCCGCCCAAAGCGGAAGGCCCCGCUGCAAAGAGGAACGAGAACCACUCGGGACUUCCUCCGCUCUCAGGGGCAGCCAGCGGCAAUCACUGCCCUCCUACAGAAGCGCAUGCAAUCAGGCGGAACCCCGCCCAAAGCGGAAGGCCCCGCUGCAAAGAGGAACGAGAACCGAAAAGCAGCGGAGAUGUAUUUCCAGGGUUAUUGAGUGAAUCAGAGCCCCAGCCAAAGAGGCGCCGCCCCGAUGGAGAGGCGCUGAGCGACAACGCAGCAGCUGGGGAGACAACCCAGAUUUCUAAAUGGCGCGUACACUGUUACGCUUUUUGUAGGGACCCUAAGCCGGAGCAAGAGCUUAAGCCACGAGUUGAAGCUGCCCUUGGCUGUUGGCCGGAACCCGUGGAUAUUCAAGAGGUACGAGAUGUCGCUCCUCACAAACGGAUGUACUGUCUUGCCUUCGAUUUACCCCUUGCGUUUCUCCGCGGCGAAUGCAGCAGCAAGAGGUACGAGAUGUCGCUCCUCACAAACGGAUGUACUGUCUUGCCUUCGAUUUACCUCUUGCGUUUCUCCGUGGCGAAUGCAACAGCUGUACACGGCAGGCAGCGGUGGAGCCUUCACCUCAGCAAGGAACAGUACAGUAGCUCCCCCUUCUCCUGUUUCGUGCGCCUAAACAGAAGAGAGUUUCAAACGAAACUGCGGCCGGGAUAA